GCUUCGACACUCGACAGCCGACACAGAGCGAGUCGUCACCCAGAGCAAGCAAGCAAGAAGAUCGGGAGGAGGGUCGGAGUUUGAUCGCCAUUGGAUCGAUGGCGCCGGAGUUUGGGUGGUGGCCGAUGUCGCCGUGGCUGAGCCCGGGCGCGGCGUCGUUCAUCUUCUUCAACGUCCUCGUCGGCGCCAUCGCGGUCAUGUCGUCGUCCCGGGGGCCGGAACCGGCCGCCCGGCGCAAGCUCGUUCGCACGGCCUCGACCGUCGUGCUGGAGAGCCUGCGUUCGAUCUCCAACUUCCCCUUCCACUCGCUGGGCGACUACGCCGUCGCCGCGUACUCUGCACCGGCGUCGUCGCAGCUCCACCACGUGCAAGCCCAGUACUAUAGUACUACGAUCCAAGAGCAAGAAGCACGUGGGGUCGACAGGGUGGAGCCCGAGCCGGCAUCAGUCGCCCAAGAAGAAGCUGUAGUGGCGGCCACAACAGCCACCUCGCCGCAGAGCGCGCCUGUCGCGGCACCGGCGGCACAGGAGGUGAAAAGGAUGGUGGAGCCCGAGCCAGCACCAGUCGCCCAAGAAGAAACCGUAGCGGCGGCCACAACAACCACCUCGCCGCAGAGCGCGGCACCGGCAGCACUCGACGCGUCCGCGGCGGCGACUCAGGGCGAGGUCGAAGACGGGGAGUCCAUCAGCUUGGACGAGGCAUACGCGCUGGCGCGCGCAGGGCGGCAGUCCGCCGCCGACACGGUGGCCACGGUGCCAAAGAAGGCCAAGGGGCGAGGAGCCUACGGAUGCGGGCGGGGAACGGAGGACGUCGAAGGGAAGGCGGAGGUGGACGCGCGGGCGGAGCAGUUCAUCCGGCAGUUCCGGGAGGAGCUCAAGCUGGAGCGCAUCAACUCCAUCCUCAACCACACCCACGCGCUGCGCCGCACCGCAGGGGCACGCUAGCCGCCUAGCCGGUGCCGCUAAGACGAUCGUCUCGUUUGUUUGCGUAGAGAGGAGAAUAUUUCAUUUGCUUGCACAGAAUUCAUGGGUCAUUCCCGCAGAGAAUGAUGCGACAGCACACAGUUUUGGAUUGCUUACUGUAACCACAUACUGGCUGAGAAAACUGCCAAAACAUCGCACAUCUCUCGACCUGCCGAAAGGACGGGUCGACGACGGUGUAGCUAUACCGCAAUACGCCUACGUGCAGGGUGCCGGUGCCGGUGACGAUGACGGUGAAGCCGGCGUAAUUGAUUACUACCAGACUGUUUGCGAAUCAAUCGGAAUGCUCAACUUUUGAGCUUCUUUUCUUA